AUGACCGGUGUCAACUCAUUUUCUGGUGACAAGAUUGAUGAGAGCAAAGUGAAAGCGCCAAACAUGUUCGAGCGAGCCAGAGAGGAGUUCGAGGCUGUGCUUGGUUCUAUGCAUCAACACAAGAGCUCAAGCUCAAGGGACUUUUCUGAGAAAAUGGAAUUCAAAUCCGAGAAACCAGUGGCAGAGGAAGGAAAGAAGAAGCCGACCAUGAUGAAGAAGGCAAAGGAAGAGAUCAGAUCUCUGUUCCAUCUAAAGGAGAAACCUCAUCGUCCUCAUUACCUUCACAGCGAUUCUCAUGGAAGGAGUGACAGUAUCGAUGCGAACACUCCGGUGAAUGCGGUGAAGGCUCCAAGUGUUUUCGGGAGAGCCAAGGAAGAGAUCGAGGCCGUCAUCGACUCCAUCCAUCCCAAGAAUAAGGAGAUCGAACCAGAGAAGGAGAGAGCUGGAUUCGGAUGCGCUCUUGGAGCCGGGCUUGAGAAGAUUUGCUCUCCUUGGGGUAGUCGUAAAAAAGAUUGA